GUAAAGGGGUAUUAUAUAUGCCCUAUGCAAGGCUUUUCAGGAGGUUAUCAAUAAAAUUCAGAUUUAUUAGCUAAAUUAGCUUAGGCAAUGGAUUUACCCUCGAUUGGAAUUUUCAGUGACAACAACUUGGUCCGACAUCUCGGAUCUCAUCCGGUUGGAAUGACUAGAUCAAACACUAAUCGUAUAACAAAGGUAGAAGCUGAGCAAGCCCUGAUGAACUAGAAGCUUGAUAUGCCCGGGCGGAAAUUAGAUGUGUUGGAGGUAUUGGUCCUACCAAGGCCUCCCUUCCAUUUUAUUAUUGACUUGCACCCAUGUUUACUCCCACUUUGAUACCACUGUUGGGUGUCGAUUUCUUUCCGGCUCAGGUCUCCAACCUCCACAAUAGGCUCACACACACCACCCUAGGCUAGACCAUAACACAACACCAUGUUUUAUCUCCACCACUAAGGUACCUCUCUCAACUUACACACAAAGGAAAGGAGAAGGGGUCUGCUCUACGAAUCGCCGCGCAGGACGAAGGUGCAAAACCUGUGGCUUGAGAAGCUGGAAUCGGCUUGGAGCUUGGACCCGGACGCUAGGCUUGACGCUCAAGAAGGAAAGCAGAGGCAGGGACGAAGGUUUCUGGGCUACUGGAACUGCUGGACUGCUAUUGGGCUUUGGGCUGUUGGACUGCUUAUUUGUUGCUGGGACUUGGAGCUGGACCUGGAGCAGUGGAUGGACUCGGUCAAGUGCUGGGUCAACCGGUCAAAGCUGGUCAAACCCGGUCAAUGGCAGUCAAUAGUCAGUUAACAAUCAGAAAAAUCCCAAUUUUUGAAUUGGGUGGGUAAGGUCGAAACGCCUCUCCUAGGGUUUCGCUCCGGUAUAUUGACUUUUAUCCCUUUUAUCGCUUUUGUAGUGAUUUAAUCUUUAUUGUGUAGAAAUUCUUGUUUUAGGCUUAUUACUGCUGUUAAAAUUGUUUGAAUUGUUGUAUUGUGUUGUGCUGAAAAUUUAUUAUUUAUUUGCGCUUAUACGGAAGAACAAGGGGUUUGAAGUUGAGUUUGGUGCUCAUUAAUACUCCCCACGUGUUCGUGCUAGUUGCUCCGUAUAUUUGUAGCCUUAUAAAUAUUUAAAUUGUUUUUUCAGCGAAAUUUGCAUUUUCUUUUGUUGCUUGUUUUUUCUCUGUGAAAAUGUCUGCUUAUAAUCAGUAUGGUAUGGCUCCAUUUAAUGGAAAAUCUGAUUUUAGCAUUUGGAAGCAAAAAAUUAAAUGUAUUUUAAUACAACAAAAAUGUUUUAAAGCAGUUGGCGAAACCUAUUUAAUUUCUGACACAGAAGAGAAAAGGGCUGAAAUGAAUGAAAAUGCAUGUUCUGUGAUUUAUUUGAACUUAUCUGACUCUGUGAUUAGAAAAGUUGGAAUUUUAGAAAGUGCUAAAGUUCUUUGGAAUAAAUUAGAUGAACUGUAUACUGAGACCUCUUUGCCUAACCGGAUAUUUUUACUUGAAAAGUUCUUCAAAUUUAGACUAGAUAUGUCUAUAGAUAUUGAGGAAAAUCUAGAUGUUUUUACCAAACUUAUUUCGGAUAUUAAGUUGUGUGGUGAUAAGCAUAUAGAUGAUUAUUCCCCCAUUGCCCUUUUAAAUGCUAUUCCUGAUUCCUUUAGUGAUGUGAAAUCUGCUAUUAAGUAUGGUAGAGAUAAUGUGACUCUUGACAUUGUGGUAAAUGGUCUUAAGAGUAAGGAAUUAGAUUUAAAACAGAUGGGUGAGGGUAGAAAAUCUGAGGAGGUUAUGCAUGUGAGGGGUAGAGAUAAUAGUAGACGACAUAGAUCUAAGUCUAGGUCUAAUUCGAGGCGUUGUUAUUAUUGUCAUGAAUCUGGUCAUUUCAUAAGAGACUGUCCUAAAUCUAGGAAAAAUGAGCAUAGUGAGCAUGCUAAUUUGACUACGUGUGUAGAUGAUUUAGGUGAUGUUUUUAUGAUGAAAAAUCUAUGUGAUUAUGACUAUUUGAGUUCUGUGAUAUCUGAUUCUUUGGGUAAAUCAGAUUGGGUGGUAGAUUCUGGUUGUAGUUUUCACAUGUCCCCUUUGAAAAAUGUUUUUUCAAACUAUAGAGAGAUUGAGCAUGGCUUUGUGUCUUUAGCAAAUGAGAAGAAAUGUAAUGUGCUAGGAAUAGGAGAUGUAUGCCUUAGGUUUUCUUCUGGUUAUGUGCUUACUUUGAAGAAUGUUAGGCAUGUUCCUGAGCUGUGUUGUAAUUUGCUAUCUUGUGCAUCUCUUGAAAAUGAUGGUUUGAAGGGAAAAUGGGGAAAGGGAAUCAUGAAAGUUGUGAAGGGUUGUUUAGUUGUUUUCAAAGCUAAGAUGAAAAACAACUUGUAUGUUUGUCAUGCUGAACCCGUACUUGAUUCUGUGAAUUGUGUGCAACCCUGUGUGCUAGGAAAACAGUCUAGAGUUGGUUUUCCUGAUCUGCCUAAGUGUACUAAUGUGCUUGAUUGUAUUCAUGCUGACUUGUGGGGUCCUUAUGGUGUUUCCACUCAUGGUGGGAAAAAUUAUUUUCUGACGUUGAUUGAUGAUUUUUCAAAGAAAGUGUGGGUUUUGUUGAUUGAGAAUAAAUCUGAAGUUUUUGAUAAGUUUAAAAACUGGAAAACCCUUGUUGAAAAACAAACCGGUAAGAAAAUUAAUUUUUUAAGGACCACUGUCAGUUUUGAUUUCUGUGAUGAUCAGUUUGGUGAUUUAUGUGAUACUUGGGGUAUUUCUAUGCAUAAAUCUGUUCCCUCCACACCCCAACCGGAUGGGGUUGCUGAGAGGAUGGUUAGAACUUUAUUAGAGAGGGUGAGGGCUAUGUUAGCUUCAUCUGGGCUCUCUAAUAAGUUCUGGGGGGAAGCUAUUUGUUAUGCUGUUGAUUUGAUUAAUCUGUCCCCGUCUGUUCCCUUAGGAGGGAAAUGCCCUGAAUCUGUGUUCAUGGGCAAACCACUUAACUUGCCAAAUUUGAGAGUGUUUGGUUGUGCUGCUUAUGUGAAUCGUGUGAAUGAUAAAUCUGAACCUAGGACUAAGGAAUAUGUUUUCUUAGGAUAUCAUGAUUGCAUGAAAGGUUAUAGGCUUUGGUGUAGGAGUUUUUUUCCUAAUUAAUGUUAAUUAAUUAAUUAAUUACGAAAAUAGGGUUGGGUUAAAAGUAUUUACCAAAAUACUGCUGGGUUAACCAUGGUAGGGGUAAGUCGCCCAACGGUUGGGCGACUUAUAAGUCGCCAAACGGUUUGGCGACUUAUAAGUCGCCCAACCGUUGGGCGACUUUUCCUUUAAGUAAAAACGGGGUCCUCCCCCAAACAGAACACUUCGCAACUGCAGCCCCAAAUUCCCUCUAGCGCAGCACCUACGGCAGACGAAGGAAGAAGACGACCGAGCUCCUAUCCAACUCCGGCGAAGCUCCAUCUCCAGCCUCCCCACUCCGGAAAACCUCCAUCUUCAUCUUCAACACAAUCUUUACUCCUUAUUCUAGGUAAAUUCAAAUCCAUUUCAUCUAAUUUUGCACCUAGGGUUUAGAAUGUUAAAUUUUUGAAUUUUGGGAUUAUGAAUUGAUUGUGAAUGAAGUUGUUGUGAAAUGUGGAUAUGUAUGAAAUGUUGACAUUUGAUUUUAAAUUAAUUGUAAAAUGUUGUGUGUAUUUUGACAUUUGGGCAUUUGGGUAGAGUUGAAUGUACCUAAAUUUGGGUAUUCAAAGGUAGACAUUGAAUGUAGAUAUCAAAAUUUGGGUAGUUUGUUAUUGAAAUGUGAAUUGUUUGUGAAUUUGGAGUUAAUGAUAUAUUACAAUUUUGGAAGCAAUUUCUAUUAAAAAUGUGAAUGUGUAUAAAGUGUGUAUAUUGAUGCCUACUCAUGAAUGUUGGACAAUGAGUUGUUAUUAGAAUAUGGAUUUCUCAAGCUUCCCACUCGUGUGUCAUUGGGGAGGGAACUAUUAUGAGAAUGGUGGGCAAAUAUGCCAUGAAGGUGGCAGAACGAGCUUUGUCAUGGUUUCUCGUGGCGCUUGCAUGGUCGAGAUCCUUCAAAAAAUACAUGCAGCGACAAUGAUUCAUCCCGGCCGUUCAUUGCGGUUGAAAAUGAAAUUUCCCAUGAACGGGGGAAAGUACAUGCUUAUGCCGCUCAUUGAUGAGCUAGCUAUAACAAAUAUGUGGGGCAUAAUUCAGAUGGAGGAUAUGUCGUCGCUGGAGGUAUACAUUGAGGAAUGCUUUGACGCUAAUGCUACUCAAUCGACAUCAAAUGCUGGUGUAUCUAGGCAUGAUGUCAGUGCAGGGGUGAAUGCAGGGAAGUCGUCAAAGGUUCCUGUACUAGACAUGGUUAUACAGGAGGAUGGCAGGUAUUUGCACAACGGUGCGUCAUUUGUGGAUGGGCAGGGAAGUGAUGAUGAUGCAAACGAGAACAUCAAUGGUGACGACAUGACAGAAUCUGAUGAAGAUGAUGGUGAUACUGUGACACCAACUGCCCCGUCUAGUCACUUCACUAGAAUGUAUGAUCUCCCUGAAGGUUUUACUGAUGCGUGGAUGAGUGGAUCAGGUGAGAAAAGGUUUACCCCUGAUGGUGAGUUUGAGGUCGGUCAACAGUUUGACAACAAAGAACAAGUCAUCAAUAUGGUGAGCUUGUAUUCUAUCAAACGGAACCAAUUCUAUCGGGUGAUAGAGUCCGAUAAACACAAAUGGGUGGCACAAUGCAAAAGGAAGAAAGAAUGUCAAUGCCCCUGGAGAAUACGCGCCACAAAGAACAAAGGCAACCUUGACACCUUCACAAUUGUGCGUUAUUCUGGACCUCAUUCUGCUUCUUGUGUAGGCAACAUCGACACUACAGAUCACGUGGCCUUGACAUCAGAAUUCAUCUGUAAAGAUGUGGUUGACAUUAUUCGCACUGAUCCUUCUCUUAAAGUGCAUACUAUCAUCGAGAUGUUGAAGGAAAAAUAUGGGUAUACUGUAUCUUACCGGAGAACAUGGAUGGGGAAGCAAAAGGCCAUAGCACAAAUAUUUGGCAGUUGGGAAAAGUCAUAUUUCGAGUUGCCCCGUUUCAUGACAGCGCUCCAACAUUCUAAUCCAGGAACUGUUGUUCAGUGGUACCCACCCCCCAAUGGUGCGACAGGUUAUAUGAUGUUUCAAAGAGUUUUUUGGGCAUUCAAGGCAUCAAUAUCUGGUUUUAAGCAUUGUCGACCCGUACUUACUAUUGAUGGCACACACAUGUAUGGAAAGUACAAGGGCACAUUGCUCGUGGCCAUGGGUUGUGAUGCGAACAACCAAAUUUUCCCAGUCGCCUUUGCAGUUGUUGAAUCGGAGAAUGGAGACAGUUGGCCAUGGUUUAUGGCAUGUAUUAGGCAUUUUGUGACUAACAGGGAGUUGUGUGUCAUUUCAGAUAGACAUGGAGGUAUUGUUAGGGCAAUGAAUGAGGUGGGAAGUAAUUGGGAGGAGCCUUAUGCGCAUCAUAGGCUAUGCAUCCGUCAUCUUGCUUCAAAUGUGCACACUCAUUUCAAAGACAUUCAUUUAAAAAAUCUAUUUGUGUGGACCGCACGACAACAUCAGAAAAAAAAAUUUGAUGGUGGGUUCAAGAAGAUAGGUGAAAUGAGUAGGGAUGCACGACAAUUUUUGGCCAACAUUCCUCCAGAAAUGUGGUCGCUGCACCAUGAUGGCGGGUACAGAUACGGUACCAUCACUUCAAAUCUGGCUGAGGUUUUCAAUAGCGUCAUGAAAAAUGCUAGAUAUUUGCCCAUUACCGCCUUGGUCCAGGUGUCUUUUUACCGGGUUAAUGCGUACUUUGUGAAUAGGCGUGAAAGUAGUAAGUUGAGGCUCACACAAGGCCACGAGUACUCCCCAUACAUCACAGAUUUAAUUGAAAAAAAAUAGAGAGAAGGCAAAGCAUCACAUUGUCACUCCAUUUGAUUUAGGGCGAGGUAUAUUUCAGGUGGAGACCGGUUGUGGUGGCCGAACGUUGGGAAAGGGUGGGAGAAAACAAACUGUCCAUCUACAACGGAAAACGUGCACUUGCAAAAAGAUGGAGAUAUACAAGAUUCCUUGCUCCCAUGUAUUAGCCGUGUGUAGACAACGUAGUUUGUCUUAUGCUCCAUUUGUGGAUAAGUUCUUCUCUUCUGACCAAUACGCCGCCACGUAUCAUAGGGUGUUCAAACCGAUUCCUGAUCGUGAUUAUUGGCCCAAUUACAAUGGACCCGAAAUCGUGCACGAUCCAUCCAUGCUUCGGGCAAAGGGAAGACCAAAGUCGACCCGUAUUAAGAAUGAGAUGGAUGAAGGUCCACGAGGAACGGUAAGAUGUGGAAGAUGCCACCAAACCGGCCAUAAUAGAGCGACAUGUGCAAAGAGAUCAUCUAGACAAGAGGGGGGGUCCGCCGGGUAUGGAGGUGAUAGCGGAUCCUGGGCCGAGUGAUCCUUCUGUCCUGACACUGCAGGCCUCACACAGGAGUGAGGAUGUUUGGCUUGGCAUGGAUGUGCAGGUUGAUAGGUGCCGCGAGCAUCUGCGUGGUUUGUCCCAUUUACAUGUCGACCCCAGAGUCCUAGCCUAUGUUCGUGCAGCAGGUUUUUUUUACACUGCACAGGUUAGUGGCUACUGUGCCUUUAGAUAGAGCCCUCCUCACUGCUCUACUUGAGCUUUGGAGGCAGGAGACACAUUCAUUUCACCUCCCUGUUGGUGAGGUCACUGUGACUUUGGGAGAUGUGGCUGUACUUACCGGGUUAGAGGUUGAUGGGAGAGCUGUUACAGGCACUGCUUGUCGACAGUGGGUGGAUGAGUGUGAGAGGUUGUUAGGCAUCCGCCCCGUUCUUAGGGCUGACCUUCAGGGGUCAUCUCUUAGGAUGCCAUGGUUGAGGGAGCACUUCCAGGCCCUUCCUCCCGACGCUGAUGAGAUGAUCAUCCAGCAGCAUGCUCGGGCGUAUAUAUUGAUGAUGAUGGGAGCCUCCAUUUUCGCUGACAAGAGCGGAAAUGAGGUUCAGGUGCUACACUUGCCUUUGCUUGAGAGGUUUGAUGUAGCAGCACAGUUUAGCUGGGGUAGUGCCACCCUGGCUUAUCUCUACAGGCAGCUGUGUCGCGGGUGCCAGAGAGGGAGCACAGAGCUGGGUGGAUUUUUGCUACUCCUCCAGAUUUGGUCAUGGGAGUAUAUCCACAUUGGCCGUCCCAUUAUAGUUGGAUAUCAUGGCAUUGAUGGACAGCCACUGCCUGAUGAGCCUCCACGUCUGCUAGGACCACAUCAUGUACGGGGCGUGGACCCUCUAGGCCGUCGGUGGCUAUAUGCUGGUUUAUCUCGCAUGUCAUCCGCUACUGGCCUCGGUGUGUACAGGGAUGCAUUGGAUCGGAUGUCAGAGGACCAGAUCACAUGGAUGCCGUAUAGACCUGAUAUGUUAGCAGAGUUGCCCCCAGCUGGCCGAGAGCAGACUCACAUAUGGCGAGCACGUGUGCCGCUGAUAUGUUUUGACAUUGUUGAGCUUCAUUUGCCUGAUAGAGUCAUGCGACAGUUUGGGUUUGAGCAGGUCAUUCCACGUCCUAUCGACACUUAUGUAGAGCUGCAUAGGCUGGAUAGGCGUGGGAAGCAUACAGAGGAUUGGGCACUCAGACAUGUCCGAUACGUGACUAUGUGGGAUAGGAGAGCUGAGCUAGCUGUGGCUGGGACACCCACAUAUGUGCCAUCAGUUUCAGCAGAUUACAUGGGAUGGUACUACAGCAUCACUCGGUUGUUUGUGUCUCCUUCGUUCAGACUCCCUACUCAUCAUUAUCAGCCUAGCUCAUUGGCAUUGCAUUUUACAACACGAGCUUUGCAGCGCAUACAUCAGCGGGCUACUGCCACUGUGACUGAUAUUCCUGAUGUGGACAUGUAUGGACAGACUCUGACAGGCAUUGCCUCGUUAUGCUCAGAUGUGUUGGGUCGAGUAGACUACAGACAUCUUAUACACAUGCCCGCAUCUCAGGAGAUGGCAUCCACGUCUAGUGCAGCUGCGGCUUCAUCAUCCCAGACGCAACAUGAGAGAGUGGUUCUUCAACCACGACAACGCCGUAGGCGUAGACAUGAGCAGCAACAUCUCCAUGACGAAGCUGAUGAUGGGAACUUGUAGUUUGUCUUUUGUAUUGUAGUUUUUCUUAUGCAGUAGAUGUUGUAGGAACAAUUUACAAGUUUUGAUGUAUUUUCUCUUGUUAAGUAUUCUAUGUUGUAUUGAUGUGUUCGAGUAUGAAUAUUAUAUGAUUAUUUGUUAUGGCAUAUAUGAUGAUUGAACUGUGUUAUAUCGGUUAUGAUUUGAAAGUUUUUUAGCGGU